GGUCCCCACACCAGUUUGCUCUGUGCUUGCCGCCGUGAGCCGUGCAGCGGAAUCGCGUUUAAUCCUCGUCUAGGCAGCGUCGAAGGCUGUGGAAACGUGUUAAAUGCGGUCAGCGAAGCCUGAGGAGCAAAAAUGCCUGGUUGUUGCGUACCUCUGUGCACUAACCACUGCAGGAAGGGCGUGCGAAUGUUUCGCUUCCCAACCAGCCCGAGCCGAAGAAAACGCUGGCUCGCGCAAGUGAAGCGAGACUGCUGGGCGCCCACCACCACUUCACGUGUUUGCUAUGCUCAUUUCGAAGAUUCAAGCUUCGAACAGAAAAGGCAAGAUGGCUUGAAGAAAUUGAGGCCAGAUGCCGUUCCAACAGUUUUUGCUUUUCGAGGUAAGUACGAAGUGAAGAUUACGCUACGUUUUGUAUAAGACUCGUUGAAUAAUGCGACAUUGGAUAGGAUGUAUCUCCCUUGUCUAUAUUUGUUUUUAUUGUUUUCAAUUGUGCUGUUAUUUGACACACGAUGGCCUUAAACAUGCGAGUUUGCUUCUGAUGGAGUCA